AUGGAGGUCGCCGCCGCUCGCGGGGCUGGCAGCGGAGGAGGAGGUGGUGGCAGUGGCGGUGGCGGACCGGCCCCGUUCCUGCUGAAGACGUACGAGAUGGUGGACGACCCGUCGAGCGACGCGGUGGUGUCGUGGAGCGACGCCUCCGACGGGAGCUUCGUCGUCUGGAACCCGCCCGAGUUCGCCGCGCGGAUGCUGCCCACUUACUUCAAGCACAACAACUUCUCCAGCUUCAUCCGCCAGCUCAACACAUACGGUUUUCGUAAAAUAGACCCAGAGCGCUGGGAAUUUGCUAAUGAGUACUUUGUCAAGGGACAGAAGCACCUGCUGAAGAAUAUCCACAGGCGAAAACCCAUCCACAGCCACGGCCAUCAACCAGGUGCCCUGCCUGACAAUGAGCGUGCUUUAUUUGAGGAUGAGAUUGACCGGCUUUCACGGGAGAAAGCUGCCGUCGAGGCUGACCUCUGGAAAUUCAAUCAGCAGCAGUCAGGGGCUGUGAGCCAGAUUGAAGAUCUUGAGCGGCGAGUGCUUGACAUGGAGCAGCGACAGACGAAGAUGCUUAGCUUCUUGCAGCAGGCUCAGAAGAACCCUCACACUUCCAGGCAAGAAAUGGGCAACCUUCUAAAUCAGCACUUCUCUGACAAGCUGAAGCUUGGACUCUGUCCUGCAACGACGGAAAACAACCUCAUCACCCUGAGCACCCAAAGCUCACAUGAAGAUAACGGAAGCCCUCACGGAAAGCAUCCAGACUACGAGAGAACAGGCAUGGAGUGCCUUCCACUGGUGCCGCAGAUGAUGGAGCGCUCUGACACUGGGACAUCCAUCUGUCCCUCAAAGAGUGUGAGCUUCACAACAGCUGCUGCAAAUGACGAUGGGUUCUUGCCAUGCCACCUCAACCUCAGUCUUGCAUCAUGCUCAAUGGAUGUGGGCAGAAGCCAAAUCCCCGUUGCAAACGGGAACACUGUGGAUGAGAAGGACGGCCCAGCGGAGGUGACCACACCCACCAUGGAGAAGGACGGUGGCAUUCCUGACAGAUGCCAUGAUGAUACCCAGAAUGAGGCUUCAGGUGACCCUGGGGCCGCAGCAGGAGCAGAUGCAAUGGGUAGGCCGCAUGGGGGCAGCCAAGCUCCUCCCCCUGAAGAACAUGCAGCUCCCCAGGUGGUGGCGAACGACAAGUUCUGGGAGCAGUUCCUUACCGAGAGGCCAGGCUGCUCCGAGUCCGAGGAAGCAAGUUCCACCCUAAGGAGGGAUCCAGACCACACGCAGCAGGCGUACGAGGGCACUACAAGUGACAGGAGAGAUAUGGGGCAGCUGAAACUCUGA